UAACGUCAGACCAGAAGAAGGAAGCACACAACAAAGGUAGCUUAAGAACAAUGUUGAUCAUUGUUUACUUGGUUGCCGUGGUGAUCUUUAUGGUCCCGUGUCAGGGCAAACAUGAAGACUGCGAUAUUUUUCCUAAGAAUCCAGUUGUGGAAAUGGGAUCAGAUUUGUUGCUAACCUUUGCUAAAUCCAUUGGCAUUCCAUGCUUGACAUAUGAUCCUAGAAAGAUAAUCUGGAAACUGAAUGGAAAAAAGAUCCCAGAAGAGCACUAUAGUUUCACGAAUUCAACUGGUGCCAGUGUUGUCAUUAGAAAUGUUUCAUACCCUACAGGAGAUGUGUCGUGUAAUUUCCGUGUAGCUGGAAAAGACAUUCUUAUUGCAGUUACCGAUGUGAAAGCUGGAUUUCCUCCAGAAAAGCCCCAAAAUAUUUCCUGCAUCCAGUUUUAUCAGAAGAACGUUGCUUGUAGCUGGGACCCUGGAAGAAAUACCUUCUUGGAAACUGAGUUUAAUAUUACAUACAUGUUUGGAUAUGAUUUCAGUGAGAUACUUUUUUAUAGAACAAAACAACACACAUACCAAUUUGAGGAUGGGCAUUUGCAAUUGUAUGCUCCCCUCAGCGUAACUGUAAAAGCAGAAAAUGCCUUGGGCGAAGCAGUCUCUGAUGUUCUGCAUGUAUUUGGAUCUGAUAUAGUGAAAUUGGAGCCACCUGAGAUUAGUUUGGAAAAUCCCAUCUUGAGGAGCAGCAUUAGAAUAAACUGGAGAAGGCCAAAGGCACCACGUCAUUUAAGUUUGAAUUGUGAAGUUCAGCACCAAGAGACGGGUUCAAACAAAUGGAGUGUGUCAGCUAUCAACAUGAGUCGAAAAAAAGAAGAAUCUUUUGAUAUAACAAAUCUAAAGCCCUUUACCAACUACACUGUGUCAGUUCGCUGUAUUGGAGAUGAAAUGCAAAUCCAUUGGAGCGACUGGAGUCGUGAGAUUACUGCUACUUCACAUGGAGACGUGCCUUCAGAAAAGCCAGACCUUUGGAGACAAAUUAAUGCUCCAGAUGGAGAAGGAAACAGGAUAGUUCAACUCUUGUGGAAGGCAUUACAAAUAUCCACUUCAAAUGAUGGCACGUUUUGGUUCAGAGUACAAUGCAAAUCAAAGAGCAAACCCUGGCAGGACCUGGUUUUUAAUACGACCAGUAUGAAGGCAGCACUGAAUCUCACAAAGGAAGCCUUUGAAAUAAGUGUGGUUGCUUUCAACUCUUUUGGCGACUCUCCCAAAGCAAUAUUGGUAGUUCCUGCAGUAGAUGAUAAAGCUCUCCAGCAAGUGAAAGAAGUGGAGGCUUUUUCUUAUAAGGAUCUCAUAUGGGUCAAAUGGAAGACCCCUGAUGUGCCAGUAAAUGCUUAUGUAAUUGACUGGUGCAUGGAUGACGAGACCUGUGAAGCAGACUGGCAAUAUACUAAUACAACCAAUGUGUCCCUGAAUGCAUUUUGUUCUGUAGGUGCAUUUGAUCCAUGUAAGCGUUAUAACAUUACAGUUUACGCUCUGUUUGAUGGAAAGCCAGGAUUGCCGGUGACAGUGCAGACAUACCUGAAGGAAGCAGCGCCAGGACCAGUUUCUGACGUGCAGGCAUUUAAUGUACAACAAACCACAGCAACAAUAAAGUGGAGAGAAAUCCCCGAGAAUGAACGCCACGGAUUCAUCACAAACUACACUAUAUUCUACAAAGAUGACAAAGGACUGGAAUCCUAUGUAACAGUGAACAGCAGCAUCUUGGAGUAUUUGCUAGAUUCUCUGCAGCCCAACACAAAGUACGUUGUUCAUGUAAUGGCUAGUACUAAAGCGGGAGGGACAAACAGCUCUGAAACUUUCUUUACAACGGUCAGAUAUAGUCUCUAUUUUAUUAAAUACACCUCUCUGGCUGCUGGACUGGGUAUCAUCAUGAUCAUCAUUUUAGGAAUUUCUACCUGUGCUGUAGUGAAAAAAUAUCUGCUUCCUGAAAUACCAGAUCCUGCACAUAGCAGUAUUGGUAAAAUGCCACUGGAGAACAUUUUUACGGCCAAGUCUAAGCAAGAUGGUGAAAAUUUUGUGUAUAAUUUGUUAAUUGUUGAGAACAUCUCAGAUCUGCCUCUUCAGAGACCUUCUCUAAUCAGCGCUGAGAGUAAACUCCUCACACCUGUCAACCCUCCAAGAGGACCCAGCCAGGCACAAUUGUCACUAGACUAUUACGUUUCAGGAGAUGGAUAUCGCAAGCAAAUGUUGACACAAAAAAUGUUAAACCGGUCACUCUCGAAUCAGCCUCUCCUGUCGGUCUCCUCCACUGAGCUGCAGAGUGAGCCUGGGUCUCCUUCAUACAGCAGAAAUGAAGAGAGUCCCAUGGAGGACAUUUCAGAGAUCAAUGUUUGUGAGGAGACCCCAUCAGUCAAUGCGUACCUGAAGAACUCUGUCAAAGCCAGGGAGCUUGUAGUUAGAGAAAACAAAUUUAAUCUUUGUUAUGAAAAGGGAACAACUCCUGAGCCAAGCGUUAUGAGUAAUGCAAAACAAAACAGUGCUGGGCAGGCUUAUGUUACAGCAGACAUGUUUUCACACAAAUUAAGCAAUGCAUGCAAUCCAAGUGCUGUAAUGGAACAGAAAGAGAAUUUAAAAUAGAUAAGGAGAUGCUGACAGUUAACAAGUUUGAUGUCUGUUAAUCUGAUUAU